UGGGAAGCCCAAGAGUGCAUUAGCAUAAUGACUCGUUGCCGUGGUGACCACACAACACCCCUCCAGGGGGAUGAAGCCUCCCACCACCACCACCUCCGUCAGCUGGGUUGAGCUAACAGAAUGUGAUCGCUUCCUCCCGUGCCCCAGGGACGCCCAAUGACACUGCAAACAUCUCCCUCUGUGGCUUUUGCCCUGUAGUUGACACAAAGCCCAGCAGACAUACGCUAGGGACACAAGGCUGUUCUUACCCCCAGUAUGUCCAGGCUCUCUGCCUUUUAGUGUAAAAUAGAAGUCUCUUCUCUGAUGCAAGUUGCAUUCCAAAAUCUCAGUCAUGUCUCCCUAAAGCAGAGCAAUGAAGAGAUUUUGGUCUGAUUCACAUUCAACAUUCCUGACAGAUUGGUGUUACUAAUGUGAUUGCUUUUUUUGUUUGUUUGUUUGUUUUUUUGCACAGAGGCCCACACAGAGAAGCAUAGUCCCAUGACGGCUCAGAAUCUUCUGCUAGAGGAAGUUGGACGUGCUGAGGAAGAAUCGGAGGAUUUGCUGGAGAGGUUUAUGGAGGGCAGAGUGCCUCUUGAGGGAUUCUUAGAGUCUUUCCAAAGCUCCAGGAAGGUUUACCACAUCCGGCGAGCGCAGGCCGAGAAAAUCCAGGAGUUCAACCGACCCGAACAGAAGCCCAAGCAGGCGGACGAGGAGCCGAAGAAAGGGAAGCAUCAGGAGCCGCAGCCCAACGGCGUAACUGCCCAGGGCCCGCCCCGAAUCUUCCAGCUGCGCUACGGCCUCCUCGUGCCACACUUCCCCCACCCGGGCUCGUCGGGCCCCACCCAUGCCAUCAGCCUACCUCCUGUGGACUCGCGGCCGGGACAGGCCCAGGCCUCGGGGCCCACUGCUCCACACCCCUGCCCCGGGAAGGCUGUGGGCUUGAGGGUAAUAGGACAGAUCCCCGGCUGGCCGGCACCAAACCGGCCCGUUCGGCUGCAGCAGCUCUACAGGCCCAGCCCCCACCCCCACCAGCCAGAGCCUCCAUAUCGGUAACGGCGACCACUGUGCCACGCCAGGUCUGGAACGAACAAAGGGCAUGUCUGGCUCUCCUCGUGAAUCUGGUCGUUCUGGGGUGGGAACAAAGGGCCAUCAGCCAUAUUCAUGAUUUCACUCAAAGACUGCUUUGAGGUGUGGUUAGGUCAAUGUUCAAUAGAGCUGAUCACCACUGUUUCUUUGGAUUUUGUCGUUGUUCUUCAAAGAUGUUCAGAAAAAGGGAUUUUUUUUUUUCGAAAGCCAUGAGAUCAGCUAAUUGUUGCGAGUGUGCAAGACAUCAUCAAAUGUGUGGACAUUUUCUAACGUUUUUACUUUAUGUUCUGUGAUGGGCUUUUUCUCAGGACAUAAUGGACUGUGAAGUGAGAGUUUUUGCCUUGCGUCGUCAUACUUACAGGAGAGUCCCGUUUCCCCAGACGCGUCUGAGAGUGGCCAUGCUUGUGAUGUGAUGUGGAGCUUGAUAUGGUGGUCAACAAUAAAGUCCAGUUUAAUGUGUUUAUAAUAAA